AUGGGUAUUGCAUACAACGUCUACUUGACCUCCAAUAAGAUCUUCGGCUGCAAGAAUUGCAAAACCCACCUUGCAGACUACGAUGAUAUUAUCAGCCGAAACUUCCGCGGCCAGCAUGGCAAAGCCUACCUCUUCAACACCGUCGUCAAUGUGACUGCCUCAGAUGCAGUGGAACGCAGCAUGACAACUGGGAGACAUGUCGUUCGUGAUAUUGCGUGUCGCCAGUGCAAGGAAACGGUAGGGUGGAAGUACGAUAAGGCUUAUGAGAACUCGGAGAAGUACAAAGAGGGGAAGUUCAUUCUGGAAGAGGAGCUCCUCUGCGUCGUUUGCUGA